AGCAACCCAGUGCUUCCACCCAUGAAAGCCUCCGACAACACAUUGUUUUGGACUCCAUUUCCCAGAAUUCCUCUUCAUUGGCUGCAGCAGACGAGGCUUCUGGGAGUGGAAGUCCUAAACACGGGAGGGAGCCGAAGUUUGGGACCCUCGGAGCGAAGAGGCCUGGUCUCGCCUUCGGAGCCUGAGCUAGAGUUGAGGGAAGGGCUUGAGGGGACUUGGCGGGCUUUUUUGCCUCCGCGGUUCCUCCUUUCUGGCCUCUUUCUCCGCCUCCUUCAGUCGCUGGAGUGAGAGAGAGAGAGAGAGAGAGAGAGAGACGCCGGCUGAGAGGAGGGAGCGGCUCCUUCAUGAGGGCUAGGCGGGAUUGCCAAGGCCUUCCUCAGCAUGGCGGGCAGCCCCGAAGACGACGACGUGCCCCUCAUUCUGACCCUGGAAGAGAGCAGGAGUCCCGCGGCCGUCCGUGAAAAUGGAGGCAACUAUGACUUGGUCAACAACACACACAGCCCGGCUGCUGGGGACUGUUAUCCUCAACCAACCUGUGGAAGACACAACUGGGAAAUGAACUACCAAGAGUCGGCAAUCUACCUCCAGGAAGGAGCGAACAAUGACAAGUUCUUCACGCAUCCCAAGGAUGCCAAAGCGCUGGCUGCCUACCUCUUUGUACACAAUCAUCUCUUCUACCUAAUGGAACUAAGCACUGCCCUGCUGCUCCUGCUGCUGUCCCUCUGUGAGGCUCCUGCGGUCCCCAUGCUCCGCCUCGGCAUCUAUAUCCAUGCAACCCUGGAGCUGCUUGCCCUCACAGUUGUAGUGUUUGAACUCUCUAUGAAAAUGAGGUGGCUGGGCUUCCACACUUACAUCCGGCACAAAAGGACCAUGGUCAAGACCAGUGUCUUGUUGCUUCAGUUUGUGGAAGCGAUUGUAGUGUUGGUUCGCCAGACGUCCCAUGUGCGCAUCACGAGGGCCCUGCGGUGCAUAUUCCUGGUCGACUGCCGCUACUGUGGAGCUGUCCGAAGGAACCUGCGGCAGAUCUUUCAGUCCCUUCCACCAUUCAUCGACAUUCUCCUUCUCCUGCUUUUCUUCAUGGUCAUCUUUGCUAUCCUUGGCUUUUAUUUGUUCUCCCCCAACAAAUCGGAUCCCUAUUUCAACACCUUAGAGAAUAGCCUGGUGAAUCUUUUUGUUCUUCUGACCACUGCAAAUUUCCCAGAUGUCAUGAUGCCCUCUUAUGCCCGAAGCCCUUGGUCCUGUGUGUUUUUUAUUGUGUACCUUUCUAUCGAGCUCUACUUCAUCAUGAAUUUGUUACUUGCUGUUGUGUUUGAUACUUUCAAUGACAUUGAAAAGAGGAAGUUCAGAUCCCUGCUGCUUCACAAACGGACAGCCAUUCAACAUGCCUACCGCCUGCUUGUCAGCAAACAGAGACCUGCUGGAAUCCCCUUCAAGCAGUUUGAUGGGCUGAUGCGCUUCUAUAAACCUCGGAUGAGCGCUCGGGAUCGUUAUCUGACUUUCAAAGCUCUGAAUCAAAGCAAUACUCAUUUACUCAGUCUGAAGGAUAUGUACAGUUUCUAUGAAGUUGUUGGCUUAAAGUGGAAGGCAAAAAGGAACCGGGAGCAUUGGUUUGAUGACCUUCCACGGACUGCAUUCCUUAUUUUUAAAGGCAUUAACAUACUGGUGAAUUCCCGAGCCUUCCAGUACACUAUGUAUACUCUGGUGGCAGUGAAUGGCCUCUGGAUCUUAGUGGAAACCUUUAUGCUUCGAGAUGGAAUCUUUUCCCGGGACGUCCCUUGGAGUUACAUUGUUUUUCUUACAAUCUAUGGGGUCGAGGUGCUACUGAAGAUCACCGGAUUGGGGCCUGUGGAAUACCUCUCUUCGGGUUGGAAUCUCUUUGAUUUUUCGGUCACCUUGUUUGCCUUCUUGGGUCUCUUGGCGCUGGCAUUUAACAUGGAGCCAUUCUACUUCAUUGUUGUUCUGCGACCUCUGCAGUUACUCAGGCUCUUUAAACUGAAGAAACGUUACCGGAAUGUUUUGGAUACGAUGUUUGAGCUGCUUCCCAGAAUGGCCAGCCUAGGUUUAACCUUGCUCAUCUUCUAUUACUGUUUUGCCAUCAUUGGCAUGGAGUUCUUCUCAGGAAAACUCUACCCAAACUGUUGCAAUGCCAGCACAGUGGCUGAUGCCUACCGCUGGGUGAACCACACCAUUGGGAACAAGACAGUGAUGGAAGAGGGCUACUACUAUCUCAACAACUUCGACAACGUUUUGAACAGCUUCGUUACCCUGUUUGAACUGACGGUUGUCAAUGACUGGUACAUCAUCAUGGAAGGGGUGACGUCCGAGACUUCGCACUGGAGCCGCCUCUACUUCAUGAUUUUUUACAUCGUGACCAUGGUUGUGAUGACCAUCAUUGUCGCCUUCAUACUGGAGGCUUUUGUGUUCCGCAUGAACUACACCCGGAAGAAUCGAGAUUCCGAAGAAGAUAGUGGCAUUGUAUUAGAGAGGGAAGUCUCCAAGGAAGAAGUCACAGCCGUAGCAGAGAUGUACGGAAGAUCCAGCAGUGCUUCGGCUGCCGGCCAACUGCUCAGGAUCGUCUCCCAGAUGGACCGGCACCAGCAAACAUCUAUGCUAUUCUCGGGGCGGCGCUCGAGGACCAAAAGCGAUUUAAGUAUGAAGAUGUAUGAGGAAGAGAUACAGGAAUGGUAUGAAGAGCAUGCCCGGAAGGAAGAGCAGCAGUUUCCUUGGCAAGGGGACGAUGAGAUGCUCAGCCCCCCAUUGCCAGCCCCAGGCCUGCGCCAGCGCUCUCAAACCAUUAUUUAGGCCUAGCUGACUCGGAGCUACUUCUCUUCUGCAAUAACAA